ACGCCCCUCCAGUCGGCAUUUCUGUUCAACGUCACAACUACGAGUCGCGCAUGCUUUACUGCUGCUUCUGGGGUUCUUUCAGAGGUGCCGGGCGUUCCGGGUAUAAAACACGCUGCUGUCCGGCCCUGAGCAUCGGAAGACGAAGCGUACAUGAAAGAUACUAUGGCAGCCUCUUCCGAUAGAAUCAUGCUUGGUCCUCUUGUGGCGGCCAUUGAUCAAGGUACCAGUUCUACGAGAUUCUUGGUGUUUAAUGCCAAGACAUCCGAGCUCCUCAGUCACCACCAGGUGGAGAUCAAGCAGAGUUUCCCAAAGGAAGGAUGGGUGGAGGAGGACCCCAAAGAAAUCCUUUGUUCUGUGUAUGAGUGCAUGGAGAGAACAUGCGAGAAGAUGACCCAGCUCAACAUCGACAUCUCCAACAUUAAAGCAAUUGGAGUGACCAAUCAGAGAGAGACCACGCUGAUCUGGGACAAGCUGACUGGAGAGCCUCUCUACAAUGCUAUUGUGUGGCUUGACCUGCGCACACAAUCUACUGUGGAGCGGCUCAUCAGCAAGACGCCUGGGAGGAACAAGAACCAUCUGAAGCAUAAGACAGGCCUUCCCAUCAGUACCUACUUCAGCGCGGUGAAACUCCGGUGGCUGUUGGACAAUGUCCCUGAAGUCCGAGAGGCUGUCCAAUCCAACAGGGCCAUGUUCGGCACUGUUGAUUCCUGGUUGAUCUGGAGCCUGACGGGGGGUAAGAGUGGGGGGGUUCACUGCACUGAUGUGACAAAUGCCAGCAGGACCAUGCUGUUCAACAUUCACACCAUGGACUGGGAUCCAGAGCUUUGUCAAUAUUUUGAUAUUCCAAUGGAGAUUCUGCCGAAAGUGAGAAGUUCCUCAGAAAUAUAUGGAUUGAUGAAAAUAAGCUCUAGUCUGAAAUCGGGCUCUCUCACUGGGGUGCCCAUAUCUGGGUGCCUGGGGGACCAGUCUGCCGCCCUGGUUGGGCAGAUGUGCUUCCAGGAUGGACAGGCCAAAAACACGUAUGGAACUGGUUGCUUCCUUCUCAGAAACACAGGCCUAAAGCCGGUGAUGUCAGACCAUGGCCUCCUGACGACGGUGGCCUACAAGCUGGGGAGAGAUAAGCCGGCCUGCUAUGCGCUUGAGGGUUCGGUGGCGAUAGCUGGGGCGGUGGUACAGUGGUUGAAGGAUAACCUGGGGAUUGUGCAGUCCUCCACGGAAAUAGAGAACCUGGCUGCCACUGUUGGGACCUCUUACGGCUGCUACUUCGUACCAGCGUUCUCUGGCUUAUACGCCCCCUACUGGGAGCCUAGUGCCCGGGGGAUCAUCUGCGGUCUGACCCAGUUCACUAACAAGAAUCACCUUGCCUUCGCCGCCCUGGAGGCUGUCUGCUUCCAGACGCGGGAGAUCUUGGAUGCGAUGAACCAGGACAGUGGCAUCCCGCUCACGCAGCUGCAGGUGGAUGGGGGCAUGACCUCCAACCGGCUGCUCAUGCAGCUCCAGGCUGAUAUCCUGUGCAUCCCUGUGGUGAAGCCCUCGAUGCCAGAGACGACCGCCCUUGGUGCCGCCAUGGCAGCUGGAGCAGCAGAGGGUGUUAGCGUGUGGAGCCUGAGGCCCGAGGACCUGAGUGCCGUCACCUCAGAGAAGUUCGAACCCCAGAUCAACCCUGAAGAGAGUGAGUUCCGCUACGCACGCUGGAAAAAGGCUGUGCAGAAGGCCAUGAACUGGGAGACCACAGAACCCAUCACUAACGGAAACGGUACAUGUGUGCGCCUGCCCCGUGGCCCCACACAGCCCACAAAAGCGCCACCGCCGUCCUUUCAAGGUGGACGUUCACGUAGAGCUCUGAGUGUGAUGUCCAUGUGAGCUGCAGGGGCUCCCAAACCUCUGCUGUGGUUUAACACUGUUGCUGUUUGUGUAUCUUCCAGGACAGUCACUUAACAUUUGUAAUAGAAUUUCUUUUUUAAUCUGUGAUUGAACACAAAGGGAUUCCACCCCUAACCCGAGUAUUAUUGUACCCUGACAUUGGUGUCUACUAGUGGUUGAAGGCUGUUACUGUUCAGUAGAUUUAAUGGCCACUGCGCUCCUGUUCAGGGUUUUAAUGUGUAGUAUAUUGUUCUUUUAAUAUUUGUUGCACUUAAAGGAAAAGUGUAAUUUCUGAAAAGCAGGACACGUGAAGGUGACAGGGGGUGCGAGUUAAACCCAGAGGCCAGAGGAUCAGUGCUGUUUUUAGUUUUUUUAUACAGGCGUACUCUCGCUUUCCUGCCUGGUAUCUCUACUGCCAGUGUCCCUUAAAUAGGCCUGGGGUCGACCCCAGAGGUCACACGUUUCAGUACAGGAGUGUGCAACCAUCCCAGAACCGCCCCCCUGGCACUCCUGCAGAACCCAACUCACCUCAUCACUUUCAGUGUUAAUCUUAAUUCUACACCACUCUUCAUAAUUUGUAAUUGAAUUGGAUGGAUUUAAUUUUCAUACAUUUUUUUUUGUAAUUGGAACAAAUUCACCAGAUUAUCCUAAUCGUUUGAAAUUCGACUCCCCUCUUGCAUUUAUUGAUUUUUCUUUGACUAAACUUGCCUUAACUUAAGCUCCAAUCACAUGUGUUCCAAGCCCCGCCCCCUGUCACUGGUCACAUGACAGGGCUGCUCUGUGUUUUCCAUUGUGUCCUGAACACUGUAUUUAUCAGUCCCACUGUCUCUUUCUCCUCUCUGUGUUGCGUCAAUCGGACCCGCGUUCUGGAUGGCCUGCAGGUGAAACUAGUAUCUUCAGUAGUGUCCCCAUGGGAUUUUACAUAUUGGGUAGCAUGUUUAUGUUAAUUGGAGCGAAAUACAUCACAGGUUAGUGUCUGUUUCCUGUAUGUCUGAGUUAUUUGUUCUUGUGAGCAGCAGCAGCAGUACACAGGAGUGUGAAUUUCAAGCGUCUGUAAAUGUACGAUGUCUGCGAGCUUUGCGAAUACGUGUGCUGUGUGCAUAUGACUACAAACGAUUAAGCCUGAGCCUGCAGACACACUCUUCACAGGCAUGGCCGUAGUUUUUUAAAGCCUCAUAAAGAGAUUCUGUAUCACUUGCGCACACAGACGCGCAGCGCUUGGCUUUGUUUGUCAAACUCAUGCAUGCAACUUCCUCCCAUCAUCUUGGGCAGAGCUGCUGUCACACUAAGACUGUCUGUCUGUGUUCCUCGACUGUAGUUGACCACUAUUGCUAAGGUCAGAGGGCACUAAUGUUUUGACUUUGGCUAAAAGGGGAUCACACUCUAUGGAAACGCCGAGCUGAUUCCUUUCUUUCCUCUUCCUUGUCACACUGCUGUAUGUGGGCUAUACACGUUUGCACUCAUCUCAUUCUCAUUGUCCUUCUCUUCCCGGCUGGCUACCACCUCCUGUUGUUCGUCGUUAAUCACUACAUUGUAACUUGCCAUAAAUAAGUGUUGUUGUGGCCUGAGACUAAUACUCUUUUUUUUAUUCCGGCUGUCUCACCUUGUCCACAAACAGGCCAACGUCCAUAGGUCCUCACCCACAAUGCAGUGCUGCAGAGUGAUGCAAAGGGGGCAGCCUGGUUAUCCGCUCUGCUCCCCCCUCACCAUGGGUCUGUAUGCCCCUGGGUGAGCUGUGUUUUCCCGGGGGAGGGGAAGCAUUCCCAGUUUACGGCCCAGCCGCCUGUUGGUCCCCGACAUCACCCUGCAGAUGGAACCACUGGGUCAUUUAAAUGUCCAUGUGAGGGCAUCUCCGAUAGAGCCGAUCGCAUCGCGUGGACACAAACCAGUCCGCUGCUGGGGACAUGGACACUGGUUAUAGUCUCAAACUGUGAUACGGAUUUGUGUACAAUAGGCACCGUUUGUGUUGGGGGGGGUGUUUUUGCUAUUAACAUUAUGACCAAGCUGGUAUAGUCUGCUGACUUGGGUGGGGAUUGGAAAUUGAAAGUGGAACUUAAGUGUAACCGGGGGGGGGGGAAGUAAACCUUCCCAGUACUUUUGUACAGUUUUACAUGAAAUGUUUAUGCACAGGGUGAAUCCCUGCUGCAGCCGUCGCUGUGUUGGGCUGUUAAACACCGUUUAAUGGGGCUAAUUAGUGGCUCAAGCACUGUGGCUCUCGUAAAGCAACACAACACUGUAUGAAAGCGCACAUGAAUAAAUCUGGGUAUUUAUAUUAGACCUGAAGUCUUUUAAUGUUGUUAUAAUUAUAAUGGCUGACUGCUAGAAAUCUUUGAUCAUGGUCUUUCCCUGGCUCUGUAAUACCUUGUCAGUGUUGUACACUUGUAUAAUUGUAUAUGGUGUCUCUGUAUUUACUGUAUAAUUUUAUCAUUGCAAACAGAAAUGCUGUCCUCUACAUAGCACUCAGUGUCAAAGGAGUUUGUUUAGAAAAUGAUUGAGUUUGUCAUUCAUCUGUGAUUUUGAUUCUAAGGUUGAUCUGUCUUCUUCCUUUGUCCCUCUGAAUGGCAGUUAGCAUUUUGCUAACAUACAAAGAACGGUUUUGUUACUGACAAGCUUCAUUUGUGGUCCUGUCCAGCUGUCAUUCUGAACCCUUGAGUCCUGUUGAGGCUGUGCUUCCCACAAGUGUCCUAGUUCACCUUUACAGGAGCACACAUUUUUGUGACACUUUUUUUGCAGUGGUGGCAUUUUUCCAUUAUGUGUAACAUAUGUGCAGUAACAAUGUAAUUAAAUGAGGAGAAACAUU